AUGUCUUCAACACCCCACCUCGAUGCCCUCCAACGCGACGGCUUCGUCGUCAUCCGCAACCUCCUCACCCCAUCCGAAAUAACUCACUACCGCACCAUCGCGACCGAAGUCACAACCAAAACCCGCACCGGAGGCUGGCCACACUUCCGCACCGUCCCUAAACAAUUCCCUCCAUGGCCCACAACACCACCCCCAGCCUCAGAAGGCGGAAUCUGGGGCGUCCAGCACCUCCUACAUCCAGAAAUGAAACACAGACAAUCAUUCGCGAAGUGCUACUUCUCCGAGCAAAUCCUGAAAGUUGUUGAGGAACUCGUCGGCGUGGACAGCUCCACUGAAUCCGAACCACUCGUCAUGGAAUUAUUCAAUUUACUCGUUGCGCCGGAAACCAAAGAUUUUGAGCUCCGCUGGCAUAGGGAUGAUAUUCCUGAGACUGCUACAGCCGAAGAAGAGCUUGCACAGUUAGCUGCAAAGUCACCGGGUGGAAGACAGUCGCAUGCACAAUACAAUCUUGCGUUGUGUCCUGAUGCGUCGUUGAUUGUGGUGCCUGGGUCACACCGACGGGCGCGUACGGAUAUCGAGCGGAAUGCGAAGCCUUAUGAACCCUUUUUGCCCGAUCAGUUGGUUGUGCAGCUUCAGCCGGGUGAUGCGGUAUUCUAUGAUAGUAAUAUCUUGCAUCGGGGGGUUUAUAAGGCUAAGGAUGAGGGGGCGGAGGAGACGAGGUUGACGCUGCAUGGUAGUCUGGGAGUUAAGGCUGGUGGAGAUGAAGAGAAGAAGAAGGUGCGUGCUACUGCGGUGUUGCAACAUGGGGUUGGGGCUUGGGUGCAUCGAGAUGAUGCUGCUUUUGGGAUUGGGGAGCGACCAGAGAAGAUGAGGGCUAACUUGGUGGCGAUGGGAACUGGGGAGGGAAUUGGGUAUUCGUUACAGGGGUAG